AUGGUCCUCAUUGUCAAUGCCUUUGGAAGCCCGUAUGAGCACGGUCAACAGGCAAAAGACCAGGUCCUUGGCUCGAUAUCCUACUACGGAUCCCUCUUUGAGUCAACAUGCGGCCUCGAUUGGCCGAGCGUGCGAGAGGAAGCGACAAAGUAUCUCGACACACUCGAGAGGCUAUGCCCUGAGUACCUUGAAGAGAUUCGUGGUAUAGCAGAAGGCGCAGGAGUCACACUACUCGACAUCGUUGCUCUAAACGUCCGAACCGAGAUCAACUUUGGUUUAUUCAGUGAUGAUCCGAAGCUGCCAAUCCAACUGGAUGGAUGCACUGCCCUGGCCAUUAAGAGUAGGCAUGGCCCGUCGUUUCUGAGCCAAAACUGGGAUUGGGUGACACGCCAGGGAGAGAAUCUCAUCGUAUACACCGUUAACCGACCGGACACUGAUAUCCCGCGAUUCACGGUAGUCACUGAGGCCGGCAUCAUCGGAAAGAUUGGCCUCAAUGAGAGCGGAGUUGGUGUAUGUCUGAAUGCCAUCAAGGCUCGUGGUGUUGACCACACAAAGUGGCCCGUUCAUCUCGCCCUACGAAAGGUCCUUGAGUCUUCAUCAAGAAAAAGCGCUAUUGAAGAGCUGGUAUCAACUGGUCUUGCGGGGAGUGCCCAUCUCUUAAUAGCUGAUGAGCUCGGAGCGACUGGCCUCGAGUCGACUGCCAAAAGUGUGGAACUUCUCCCGGCAGAUGAUCAAGGCGUCGUGAUUCACAGCAACCAUCUUCUCCUCGAUCAUGCUGGAUCAGAAGAGUCUCUUUGGUUACUGGACUCACCUCAGCGAUCCGAUCGAAUGCAACAGCUCGUCACCGAAGAGCUUUCGUCCAAGCCAGCGCUAACUGCAUCCGACAUAUUCAAGCUGUUCCAGGAUGAGGAGGGUUAUCCGAACGGGAUCAACAGGGAUGCAGUCGAUGAUUCAGGCGCAGAGACGCUAUUCAACAUCAUCAUGAACCUGUCUGAAAGGACAGCAACGAUUGCGUUUGGCCGGACUACAAAUGUCGUGGAGCGUGUACAUGUUAGCUUCUAG